CAAUGCCAAGUGAACUGUGGAGGUAGGAUCCUUAGAGGCUGGGUGAUGGCAGCUGGCAAGGGGGUGGAGGCGCUGUGGGCCCCUCCCUCAAGGAGGCCUGAAUUCAUCCAUAGACAGGGCCCAUGGAAGUGGGGCUGGGAUGUGGAGGUGGGAGGGAGGGGCCCAGGAGGAGAGGGAUGAUGGAGCUCUCUUCUGCCAGAUGCACUUUAGACUCAGGACACUUACUGGGUUGUUGCGGGGGGGGUCUUAUUGCAGAGAUGAAGCUGCUCCUGGCCCUAGCAGGGCUCCUGGUUGUUCUGGCCAUGACCCAGACCUCUGAGGGUGCUGCUCCAGGUGUCUUGGGGGAGGUGGAGACCUCAGUGGUACUGACCUGCAUGGAGGAGGCCAAGCGGCUCGUGGACAAGGCCUACAAGGAGCGGCGGGAAAGCAUCAAGCAGCGUCUUCGCAGUGGCUCAGCCAGCCCCAUGGAGCUCCUGUCCUACUUCAAGCAGCCGGUGGCAGCCACCAGGACGGCUGUGAGGGCAGCUGACUACCUGCAUGUGGCUCUAGGCCUGCUGGAGGGGAAGCUGCGGUCCCUGUGGCGGAGGCCCUUCAAUGUCACGGAUGUGCUAACGCCUGCCCAGCUGAAUCUGCUGUCCAAGUCAAGCGGCUGCGCUUACCAGGACGUGAGGGUGAGGUGCCCGGAGCAGGACAAGUAUCGCACCAUCACCGGGCAGUGCAACAACAGACGCAGCCCCACGCUGGGGGCCUCCAACCGCCCCUUUGCGCGCUGGCUGCCGGCAGAGUACGAGGACGGCUUCUCGCUGCCCUUCGGCUGGACGCCCGGGGUCAAGCGCGCCGGCUUCCCGGUGCCCCUGGCUCGCGCGGUCUCCAACGCCAUCGUGCGCUUCCCCACGGAGCAGCUGACCCCGGAUCAGGAGCGCUCGCUCCUCUUCAUGCAGUGGGGCCAGCUGAUCGACCACGACCUUGACUUCACCCCUGAGCCGGGUGCCCGCGUCUCCUUCGUCACUGGCGUCAACUGUGAGACGAGCUGCGUGCAGCAGCCACCCUGCUUCCCGCUCAAGAUCCCGCCCAAUGACCCCCGCAUCAAGAACCAACAAGACUGCAUCCCCUUCUUCCGCUCCUGCCCAGCCUGCACUGGGAGCAACAUCACCAUCCGCAACCAGAUCAAUGCGCUCACCUCUUUUGUGGAUGCCAGCAUGGUGUACGGCAGCGAGGACCCCCUGGGCAUGAAGCUGCGCAACCUGACCAACCAGCUGGGGCUGCUGAGAGUCAACACCCGCUUCCGCGACAAUGGCCGGGACCUGCUGCCCUUUGACAACCUGCACGAUGACCCCUGCCUGCUCACCAACCGCUCAGCGCGCAUCCCCUGCUUCCUGGCAGGGGAUACCCGGUCCAGUGAGAUGCCUGAGCUCACCUCCAUGCACACCCUUUUAUUGCGGGAGCACAACCGACUGGCCACACAGCUUAAACACCUGAAUCCCAGCUGGAAUGGAGAGAGGCUCUACCAGGAAGCGCGGAAGAUCGUGGGGGCCAUGGUCCAGAUUAUCACUUACCGGGACUACCUGCCCCUGGUGCUGGGGCCAGAAGCCAUGAGGAAAUACCUGCCCAUGUACCGUGGCUACAAUGAUUCAGUGGACCCGCGCAUUGCCAACGUCUUCACCAAUGCCUUCCGCUAUGGCCACACCCUCAUCCAACCCUUCAUGUUCCGUCUGGACAGUCAAUACCAGCCCAUGAUGCCGAACCCCCGUGUUCCACUUAGCAAGGUCUUCUUUGCCUCCUGGAGGGUCGUGCUGGAAGGUGGCAUUGACCCCAUCCUCCGGGGCCUCAUGGCCACCCCCGCCAAGCUGAAUCGCCAGAACCAAAUCGUGGUGGACGAGAUUCGGGAGCGAUUAUUUGAGCAGGUCAUGAGGAUCGGGCUGGACCUGCCUGCUCUGAACAUGCAGCGCAGCAGGGACCACGGCCUCCCAGGGUACAAUGCCUGGAGGCGCUUCUGUGGACUCCCGCAGCCCAACACGGUGGGUGAGCUGGGCACAGUAAUGAAGAACCUGGACUUGGCAAGGAAGCUGAUGGCACAGUACGGCACGCCCAACAACAUCGACAUCUGGAUGGGUGGCGUGGCUGAGCCCCUGGAGCGCAAUGGCCGCGUGGGCCAACUCCUCGCCUGUCUCAUUGGCACUCAGUUCAGGAAGCUCCGGGAUGGUGAUCGAUUUUGGUGGCAGAAUGGAGAUGUGUUCAGCAAGCAGCAGCAGCAGGCCCUGGCCAAGAUCUCCUUGUCCCACAUCAUCUGCGACAACACAGGUAUCACCACUGUGCCCAAGAACAUCUUCAAGCGCAACAUGUAUCCCAAGGACUUUGUCAACUGCAGCAUAAUCCCUGCAUUGGACCUGGCUUCCUGGAAGGACAAGGCCUAGAGGCUGGGUAAGGGGGCGCAGGAGUGAAGGGUGUACCUGGGCUGACCAGUUGGAACCUCAGAGCUCUCCUUUCCCACUGUGGGUGCCAGCUGAGAAAACAAGUGAGCAGACAUUCACUCGUGUGCACACGUGUGCAAUGUAUAUAAGUUGGCAUUUCAUAUGUGUCGUCUGGGGGCACAUGGAGAGUGUUUUGUGUGCUGUGUGUGUAUCACUUGUGUGAAUGUGUGUUUGCUGUUUGUGAGAAGAUCAAGUAUGUGGAAGGCAGCAGAACAGAUUAGUGAGGAGCGCAGCUCAGGAGCCAGACUGCCUGGGUUCAAGGCCUGGCUCUGCGGCUUGCUAGCUGUGUGACCUUGGGCAAAUUUCUCAAUCUUGCUAAGCGUGAGUUUUCUUCCAUGUAAAUUACAGCUGUUGUGGCUCCUUAGAGGGCUCAUUGGCAUCCUCUAGUUCUUCGUUUAUUGAACACCUGCUACAUGUGAGGCACUGUGCUCAGUAUGGGAAACAUCAGAGGCAAGAAAGACAGAUAUCAAGAUCCCA